CUGGUCUUCACCAAAACAAUCUGCUGGUGCUGCCACUUUCUCUCCAGUUCUCCAGCAUGUUGUCACCUGGGGUUGGUUAAUAAUGAAUUAAUGCUUAGGUGGUUAUUUUCAAUAUGUCUGUACUAAAGUAUUGCUCACAAUAUCUUGACAGCAAAAGAGUGCACCCUAGACCCAUUUUAUGGCGCACAUACUCACACACACAUUUUCUCGUGAAGAUCCUCCCCUUUUGAUAAGAUAUAAAAAUGAGCACUGAAACAGAUGUUGUUUCAUUCACCUCCUGAUCAAAGAUGGAUCUGCAAAUCUCAGUUUUUCUUCUCUUCAUUGUUUUCACUGCAGCACACUCUCUCAGCUGUUAUAAGUGCAUGGGUCGGAACGGUUCUUGUGCGGGACAAACAGUAAAAACAUGUCCCAGUGGAUCUUCUCAGUGCAUGAGUUUAACAAUGAUUACACCAAUCGGUAACAUUAGUCGUGAAGUGAAGGUUAAAGAUUGUUAUCCUGCCUGUCAAAAUGGGUCCCUGAACUUAGGCAGUUCAAAGUCAACUUAUUCCUGCUGUGACACGGACCUGUGUAACGUCCAAGAUACUCCAGAUCAUCCCAGCAUUUUCCCUAAUGGAAAGAAAUGUUUCUCCUGUGAUGAUCAGAGCUGCUCAACAGUGAGCUGUUCAGGGACUGAAGACCGCUGUGUUAAAGCAACAGCGAUUUAUGGUGACCUGUCAGUGCUUCUAAAAGGCUGCGUUUCUAAAUCCAUCUGUGAUGCUGCUGUUUCAGCAUUUAAUAAUUUUAACCUCGGGAGUGUCUCAUGUUGUGAGGGGAGCCUGUGUAACGGUGCUCAGAGUGUCUCCCAGAGCUUCCUGUUCCUCUGCUGUUCUCUGCUCUCCUACUUCCUGCUGCACUGAAUCCAGCAGCUCUUCAUCCUACACUCAGACACACUGACUGUACAGAAUAUAAACCUUGUAUUUUCUUUUAACUAUUCUUACUUUUCAGUUAAUAAAAAAAAUCUC